GAAUAGUUCAGCGGGCUAUUGGAAAAUACGAGUUUAAGCGAUGUUGGCUGACGGUUUCCCCCCAGGUGAGGUUUCACUUACCUACCUUUUUGUUUACUUUACGUUCUUUCUUAUUAAGUUUGAUCUAUAUCUCCUUAAUCUUGAUAUCUUGUCAUUUAAAUCACGUUACCUUUGUGGCUGUCUCAAAUCUACCUGUUGUUCUAAAUACACAUCUAUACGUUAUUUUACCUUUACGCUUCAAAUUGUUCAGCUUACUUUUUAAAUAUUUCUGUAUGGCAAGUAAUGGAAUAUUCACGUAUCCUAUUAACUCACCAGUUUCGUUCCUUUGAGUGACUUAAUUUCUCCGUGUUCAGUUUGUGUGUAAUGACAAUAAAUCUGCAUUUUGGUCAGUCGGCUACCGUACACUUAAAUAUAAUCCGUUGGGCUACCACUUGACUUGAUUCAUUGCCAAGGGUUUUGUUCAAUCAAAAGAAACAAAACCUUUAGUUCAUGCCUAGACAGUUUUUAUCUUUUUAAAUCCUUUUGUUUAUCACUCCUCUUUGCUAUUACCGCAUACUUGUUUGUCUCAAAUAGCUAGCGGUUAUUCAGGAUCACGAUAUUUCUCAGACCGAUUCAAUUUGCUUUCCUGAUUGUCCCGAUUACUAAAACUGCCAUUCGAAUUGCUCAAACUGUAGUAAAAUGGAUUGUUCAAACGGUUGUCCCAUUUCGGAGAAGGGUAAGACUAAUUGUUGGCAGAUGUUUUCAUAAGGCCAAAACAAAUUUGGCAGUGCCUAUACGUUCGAUUACUUUCGGUUAAGUGUUUUCUUUCAAGUGAUCUUUAUUUCAUGACAUAAGUAGGAAUCACUUGUGUAGGUAGCUCGAGUUUCAUAAUCGCAAAACAUAUUUCUAUACGCUCUAUCGUGUACUGGCGGCAACCAAUUGUAACAGGCGUCAUACUGACUCUCUUGCUGAUUGUCGAAUUUAGUUUUAUGUGUCUUUCUGCAAUCUCCUUCAUUGCUUAUAUCGGAUUAGCCCUUCUUGUUUCCGUCAACUUAUUGCGUAUGUAUUAUCACUUUGUGGCUAAAACAGAAAAUAAUUUUGUCAGGGAAUAUCUAGAACGAGAAAUCACUGUGCCACAAGAUAGAGCAGAGAAAGUUUCUCGACGUCUCACUGAAGUUUUAAACAAAGGGUUAACACGCACUAGAGAAAUAUUCUUACUCACGGACCCCGCCGCAUCUGUGAAAUUCGCUGUACUGUUAUAUCUACUGACAUACAUUGGUGCACAGUUCAACUUCCUAACUUUAUGUAUACUAUUCACUUUUGGCGUCUUUUGUGUGCCGAAGUUUUAUGAGCGCUACCAAGUAAGUUUUUCCCCCAGAAAUUACAUAUAUACCACGUAAUGAAAUUACUAACUAAACUAUGCAUGUUAAUAUGUUUAUUAUGUGCCUGAUCCUACGUUGUAGCUGACUGACUGAGUAUGUUUAUUACCCGGUGAUCGACGUAUAUCGAACAAUGUGAUGUUAAACUUUAUCUCGUUGUGAUUUCGAGUUGUCAUUUGAUUGCUUUUAUUUCUCAACAUCUGUCAUCCCUCUUGGUUGAGCUCAUUUUACUUAUAUAUUUGAACACAUAAACAUUGGUACAAACGGUCACCGAAUACAUAUGCGCCACACAGGUCACUUGAUUUGUGUAUGGGCUGUGAUACUACUCGGGUGUUAAGAUCGAAGCAGGUGGUUUUCUUCCGAAGCCUUCUACCUAAAGGUCUUAUCCACAAGGCAGUGGAGCAACAUCAGGAGAUGCAGUGGCAUAACAGCCGGUGACCAAUAACUGGUUCACACGCCAUUUGUUCCCUCAGGAUCCUGGAGCCCAUGUGCACCAUUUGUUUGGAAUCAGUGUUUUCCAACUCCCUUAGGUGGAUCCUCCAUAUCCACCAACCCAGUUAAAGCGCCGGACAUUCACUUUUUGUAAACAACACCCCCGCCGUGAGAACGUUCGUUUACCAGGUACAGAUCCGUAUAUUUAGUUUCGAGCCUCACUUUGUGUGGAGACCAGUGACACUACCUCGUUGCUCAGACUAAAAUAGGUGGAGCAACCUUCGAACCUGGGGCUUGUCAACUGAAGCUCAAAUGUCGUAGCCACUUCAGUUUACAAUAUUUCAACGUUUUACCCAUAUUACGUUAACCGUCUUUACUCUUUUGUUACUUUUAAUUAAUUCAUCAUAUUUACGUUUCUCCUCAAGGACAUGAUCUCUUGAUCAUAGUGUAUUCCUAGCACCCAUCAUUAUAAAUAUACCUAACCCAAAGGUUUUUCAUACACUAUCUAAAUAUGACUUAUAUAUAUCUCUUUGUUACCUAAAUUAUGCCGUAGGUUUAUAAUGCACUCAUCUAUUAAACUUUUGGGUAUUUAGAGAUCUUCAGAAUCCUCUGUUUCAAAUGUAUCGCGACCAUUAUUCAGGGAUGUUCAUAUUUCAUUCUUUUUACUCACGGAGUUAAUAUGAUUAUGAACUUGUGCUCACAAAUGUAGGGAAUAACAGUCUAUCCGAUAAUUCCGUCUGUCCAAUGGAAAUUAUUGCUAUAAUUGUAGAUUUAGCUGAGCUUUUAUGGUAAUACAUUAUUGAUUAGUUAUACUCGUUUUCAUCUGAGAGAUUUCCUAUUUACAAUAUUUCUGGUAUGAAACAGACUUCGUCUCUAAGUUUGAAGUAUUAUUUUCUCAAAAUAAUUUAAACAAGUUGAACUUUGAAUUCAUUUUGUAUCAGUCUUCCUGUUUAUUGAUAUAAUGGUAAUUUUCAGAACAUAGUUGCAGGUUCAAGGAUUCUUUUCACCUAGUUCAGAUUUAGAGAGCUAGAUACUAUCAUUAGCAGCAUGUACACAUAAAAGCACUUAGUUCGAAGUUGAGUACAUGUACCUAGACUUAACACAUAAGUUAUGUUAACACUAUUUUGUAAUGUUGAUUGCAACAUAGUUUACCAGAUGCCUUAAUUCUUCAUCGUCUAGAUUUUAUAUUCCAGUACUUCGUUCCACCACACCGUUUCAUUCCUUCUCGAACCAUAUUAUCGCUGUUUAUUCCCUCCCAUUGUGUGGCGCAUAUAUAUUGGCGCUCUCUUGUACCAAUAUUCAUGUGUUCAAAUAAAUAAAUAAAUAUUCCCUCCCAUUAUAAUUACUUCCACAUUAUUUCCAUUUCUUUUGAAUCCAUCUUGUUAGCUUCAUUUUGUUUCUUUUCUUACUUUGUCUUCCCCCACAUUCUAAGAUUCUGCAUUCCUCAUAAACUUUGCUUGUUUGUUUAUUUCACUAGUUUAUAUUUUUUGGGAUUACAUCUCCGAUCUUUCAUGUUUUCUAUUACCACUUAUGCUGUUACUACCUCUACUAUGGGAUUUGACCUGAUAAUUCCAUCUGUCCGUGCUUAUGCGGCAUGGCCCAUUGAACCGAUGUACGUACGCGCCAGGUUCUACGUUGCGAAUGACUGUCUGUCUUUCUGAUGUGAUAUGUCAAUAUGUCACGGGCUAUAUGUUAAUUAUUACUGGAUGACUAUAAAAAAGUAAUUCUCCAUGUUUUUUGGGGUGGUAAAAACUCUCUUUUUAUUUGUGAAUUCCAGCCGGAAAUCGAUAAAAUGAUUGAGCUAGCGAAGUCAAAAGUAGAUAUGGUAUCAUCACAGUAAGUCACUCUUUCACUGAUAAUAUUUUGAUGAUUUCAUUUUAAAAUUAUUGUCUCUGUCAGUUCCUAUUUUGUUGGAAUUGUUAUGUAGUCGAAUUCUGCGCCAAAUUUAUUGAUUUCAACCAUUGGUUCAUUACAUGAUUAAUGUCCAAUGUAUUGUAAAUAUAUCGGUUCACUAUUGAUCUGAAGAAAAUCGAUUCACGUUUGUGAAUAGCUACCGUUUAAGUAAUUUAAAUUAUAUAACAGUAAAGUUGAUCAGUUUGUAGCGAUCAUGAUAACUGUAAUUAGUGUGAUGCUGAGUAAUUUUUCAUCUGAAUAUGGACAUGUGUGUACUAUUUCUUCUUCCACUGUUAUUUCGAAGGCAGAUUUGCCAAGAUUUUAAAUAUGAGUUCUUUUUUCACUAUUCUUGCUUCUCCUGAUUGAUACUUAGAAAUUAAAUUAAUUGCAUCAUCACAACAUAUGAUAUCGUUCUAAAACAUUCUUGGUGUAUCAUUUAACUGUAAUUGUUUACACCAGAUAUUUCUUUUAUAUAUCUGACAAAACGAAACCCAUUUUGAAAACGAGCUACAAUCUGAUGAUAGUCUGGCAUCCAGCGGUUCUCACUUUUGUCAUCAAUUCACCAUACUGUAUAACCUUUAUCCUUUGUCAUCGAUGGUAUUUGUUCAAUACCCAACAUGGUUGAACUACACACCGGUAACGGCUUCUCGUUAAAAUUUUGGGGAUUUCUUGUCUACGUCAAACACUAAUAAGCCCACUGACUAUUAUUAGUACUAACCUUAAAUGUAUCGUCAUCAGACAUGUGCUAAUACCUAUCGUAUAUGAAUUGUUUGUAAGUGAAUAUCACUUUAUAUGCAUAGUGAAUGCUUGACUAAUUAGCUUUUUUUUCGCAGGGUUAAAACGCAUCUCGAAAAGUUACCAAUUAUUGGCGGUGGUCGAAAGGAAAAAACACAAUAAGUUGCCUAUUUUCCAACUACAAUGAUUAUACCGAGUCGUUCCAAGUUCUAUGAACAACGAUAAAUUUUUUCCAAAGCUAACUUACAAUAAUUCUUUUUCUUAUAUAAAUAUGACAAAUGAAACUGUAAAGCAUGUAAGAAGUAUAAUAGUUUUGUGCUCUUCCUUUCUCUAAUUUAUAUUACGUAAAUUUUUUCUACCAAUUUUCAUACUCCAUACUUUUAUGUUUAAAUAAAAAUAACUCCUUUCAAACCUCGUUAUUCAUCUCAUAAAGAGAAAAUUUAUGUUGUCAUAAAUGUUUGUCGAGAUGCUUUUUGUAGUUGGUUUCUGCUUCAAAACGCCAAGUUUAUUUGUUGGUGUAGAAGGAAGAGGAAAUUGGAUUGCAAGAACUGCUCAUUCUUUUGUUUAACUGAUCAGUAUUCACCGUCAUCAUCAUCUCUUCUUUUUUCCACUGUGUUUAGAUUACUAUUUAUUGUAAUAAAUUUCUGAUUUCUUUCUUUUUACACCAUUAAACAAAAAGCUUCCUAUCAUAUUAUUUUCAAGCGUUUCUCGGGAUUUUGUUUUCGUAUAGUUAAGCAAAACUUUGUACCUAUGCUAAUAGUGUUUGCUUCUAGCUAUACACAGACAAGCAGAUUCAGUCAGUUUAGCGUACUUUCUUUGACUUGUGUCGUUACUUCUCUCCAUGAUGAACCCCAUUUGUUGUUGUUUACAGUUUUUAUUGUCUUGUUUAUCACUCCUUUUUGCUGGCUUCAUUUAUAUCUGGUUAUUCGUUAUUUUACCGUGUAUCACUCACCACUCAAAUGUGUUGUUUUUUCCCGUUUUUUUUGCGAAGAGCAUUUAAUGACACAUUAGUAAUAACACACUAUUGAUGUUGCAUUGUUAUACUGACUGUUCGACUGGUUAUUGUUAAAUGCUGAGUGAAAUGUCGGUCUUUUUUGUAAGCGUAUUUUAAUUUGCAUAAAGCGUGUUCUCAUUUGAAACCCUUUACCAAAAAUAGAUAUGGUUCAUAAUUUAUUGCA